GAAACAUUCUGUUAACAACAAACAAGAUGAGGACAAAUAUCUGUCAAAUGUAAAUAAUGUUCAUAAUUUCUCAUCUCUUGAAUAUAGAACUGAACUAGAAGCCUGGUGCAAAGUUCUGGCCAGGCUAAAAAACAAGGAGGUAGACAGUGCUAUAAAAGCAAAGAGACAGGCCAAGAAAGACUGGGAAAAUGGUGAUCGCAGAGAAUAUCUAUCAGCUGAGAAGGGAAACUAGGCAACAAGUUAACAUAGUGAAGGGUGAAGCAGAAAAUAGGAGAUUUUUUAAUGUUUUACAGUGUGAGGGUCAGCGGUAUGAUGUGUUCUGGAUUGCAGUGUAUCAGAGAGAAAAUACUGUGGGUGACGAAUGUAUGUGAUUGGAUAAUGGUAUGCUUGCACUUAGUGAUUCAGAGAAGAAAGAUGCAUGGAAGUUCCGCUAUGAAAGAUUGCUAAAUGUGGAGAAUGCAUGGGAAGAGAAUUUUCCUACUAUUGACCCAACUGAGGGACUAGCCACCAGAGUUAACACCAGUAUGAUAAUUGAGGCAAUUAAGGAUAUGAAGACAAGGAAAGCCCCUGGACCAUCAGGAAUCACCACUGAGAUGCUUAAAAUAUCUGGUGGAGUAGGAUAUGGACUUGUCACCAAUAUAGUCAAUCGGGUGAUACAGGAAAGUGAUGCACCCAAUGACUGGUGUAGCAGUAUUUUAGUCAAAUGCUAUACCUUAGAUAGAAACUAUUACAGAGGUAUCAAACUGCUGGACCAGAUCAUGAAAAUUACUGAGGGAGAGAAAGUUAUAGCUCAGUUGAUUAGGAACAGAAUUAGACUAGAUGAAAUGCAGGCCCAUCUCAGUGAAACUGAGUUCUGGAAGCACUGUGUAUUAUGCGCUUUCCACACACAUACACAUUGCUUUAAUUCCCCACCCUAUAUAAAACCAAACUGCUUUUCAUCAUGCACUAUGCUUGGCUCUCCACCCCACCAUACAGCCAGCUUUCUCUCUCUCUACUGUCCUUCCCGCCUAUUUUUCACCUUAGCUGACAAUAGCUAGCUUGUUGAAUAUAUAAGAUACAAAGGCCUUGAAUAGUUUCCUUGUUAAAGAGCUUUAGUCUAGUGUGAGAAGUAUGCUGUUUCUUCCAAAUAUAAUUUUAAAUACUUAUAUAACAUGAAAGAAAUCUUUUACCUCCUACUUGUUUUAGUCAUUGGACUGUGGCCAUGCUGGGGCACUACUUUGAAGUGUUUAGUCAAAUAACAUGACUACAGUACUUUUUUCUUUUUUGAAGUCUGGUAC